AUGACAGAGAUCAUCGAAAAACUAAAGGAAAAUACAGACACCGAAAAAUCGAAAAUUUUGAUGCGUUUUUUUAAGACGGGAAAAGGAGAGUACGGGGAAGGGGACAUCUUCAUCGGCGUGCCUAUGCCAAAGAUCCGAGAAAUAGUGAAAACCUCAAUGAAAGCCUUUGUUAUAAGAAAGAAGCUUGUUUCAGGUAAGACCGUGGAAGAUCUUUUAAAUAUAGCAAAAGUACUAUUAGAGAAUACCAUUCACGAGGUUAGAGUAGCUGGAGGAGAAGUUUUGAAAAUAGCAAAAGACAUCGACGCCCAAAAAGUGUAUCAAUUUUACAUAGAAAACACAUCGCGAUUUAAUAACUGGGACUUAGUUGACUUGACAUGUAUAUCCAUCGUUGGCGGGUAUUUAGAAAACAAAGACAAGAGUAUAUUAUACCAAUUUGCAGAGAGCGACAACUUGUGGGAGAGGCGGAUAUCUAUAGUAUCCACCCUCUAUUUCAUACGCAAAAGGAAGUUUAAAGAUGCGUUGAAGUUAUGUAGAAUACUCCAAGAUGAUGAGCACGAUUUGAUACACAAAGCGUGCGGGUGGAUGUUAAGAGAAAUAGGGAAGAAGAAUGAGAAGACACUGACGGAUUACUUGGAUGAGAACGGGUGUGUGAUGCCAGCUAUAACUCGGGCAUACGCUUGCGAAAAGUUGAGUCCAAAGCAAAAGGAGUAUUAUAAGACUUUGGCUAAAAAGAAAUAA